UAUGCAGUUGGUGGAGGAGAUAUCAAAAAUCCAUUAAAUAGUGUUGAGGUUUUUGACGUCAGUAUUCAAAAAUGGAGAUUGGUAGCUAGUAUGUCUACUGAAAGAUAUGAUUUGGGUGUUGGUGUACUCAAUAAUCGUUUAUAUGCGGUUGGGGGUGCUGGCAAUGGUGGAACAUUGAAAUCUGUUGAAUAUUAUGAUCCCACACUUAACACAUGGACACCAGUUGCAGAGAUGUCUACAACCCGUCAAGGUGUUGGUGUAGGAGUCUUGGAUGGUCUUAUGUAUGCUAUUGGUGGCUGUGAUGGAGAGAAUCUUAAAAGUGUUGAGGUUUAUAGACCGAGUGAUGGAGUUUGGUCUUCUGUAGCUGAUAUGGAAAUAUGCCGAUUUCGCCCCGGAGUAGUGGCAUUAGAUGGUUUAUUGUAUGUGAUAGGCGGAAGUUUUGAUGAAUUUAUCUAUAGUGAUACUGUAGAAAUUUACAACCCCAAAACCAAUACUUGGACAAUGGAGAGAUUUUCGAGAAGUGGUGUGUACAUUUAUGGUGGAGUAGUUGUUGAUAGACCACCAAAUUUUAUUAAUUAAUAUAUAGUCUUAUUGCUGAUAGUAAUAUAAUUAUAUUAAUAUAUUUAUGUAUAAUUUGUAACAAAACUUGAAUUGUUUAUUUUUCUUUGAAUGUUUGAUUAAAAUGUUUUCUUUAUAAU